AACAAUUACGAGUACAGCAUGAACGGGGCAUGCGAAUGAAAAAGUAUCUGCUGCGUCUGCAGAACGUUCCCGUGCUUUGUGCGAAACGGUUCAUUAAAUUUCAUCGCGUUCCACCAAAAAAGCACUGUGUGUGUGUGUGCCUGUUACUGUAAAUGUGAUUGCGUGUGUGUGUGUGUCAAUUUCAGCUGAAUAGUUAGAAAUUGUUUGAUUUCAUCAUUUGUAGUUGCUUUUUGAAAUCGAGCGAGCACACAACAUACUUACGAGUAGUGAUUAUUGCCUUGGCUUUUUGCAUUUUCAAAUUUGAUUUGGGAGCCUUCUCCCAGUUUGAUGCGAGUGUGUGUUUGCGUGUGUGCGUUGCUUUCUUUGCUUCUUUCGUUGUUUAGCAAAUACCCACGUACACGUUACGUAUACGCUACGUACACGGACACGUCCACGUACACAAACACAAAUACAUACACGCGCAUUGUGAAAAGUGAAAGUGACGCCCCAAACAGCGUUUGGAGCAUUUCAGAAGAGAACAAGAAGAACUUUCGCAUUUUUUACAUAUCGCUCGCAACGCUUUAGCAAAGUAAUUUUCCUCUUACUUCGUAUACAAAAGUUUUAUCCACAAAAUUUUGUGCAACUUGCUAAAAUCGUUUUUCUAAUUUAAUUUUGAUGCCAACCAGGCCAACCUUCACCCCACAUCACGUUCUCUCCCCCUCUCUUUCUCACUCUGUCUCCUCUCUCUUUCUCUCUCGAUGUCUAUCGUAUUUCUCUCUUUCUCUCUGCUCGGCGUCUUCUAAUUUAUGCGUAGCACAUACCAAUUUUGCACACACUUAUACACAGCACAUUUUGGAACGUCUCCCCUUGCCCCUCGCCAAACAAUUCGCAUGCUGUAAAUUCAAUAGCUAAAUGUUUUCUUACAUUUCCGUGACUCAUUUUGUACAAUUGUUUUUAUCGAGAAUUAAUAAUUUAUCUCGAACUUUUAUUCCGAACUUUACUUUUUGAUAUUAUAAUAAUUUUAAUACCGAUUUGACAGUCAACAUGAUUUAAUAUUAAGCUGAAAAACGGAUUUCGAAAUCCGUUUCAAAAACUUAAUAGCCAUUUUUGUACUGAGGCCAGAACAUAUAUUCACUUUGCAACAGUAAACCCACAUGCCCGAGGCAUUGAUACUACCCGGCAUGGCUGACGCAGAGCCGGACCUAUCAACGUUCGAGAAUAAAACUGGGCUUGCCGAGGAUAUGAAGUUCCUGGCGUCCAUGCCCGAGCUAUGCGACGUUACCUUCCUCGUCGGUGACACCCGCGAGCCAGUUUGCGCCGUCAAGGCUGUGCUUGCGUCGCGUUCCCGCGUGUUUGCCAAAAUGCUCUAUGCUGCCCCAUCGCCGCAGCGGAAGAGGGAGACCACCACCAAGGAGAAUAAGCUGCGACUCUUCCUCAAACGCUCCUCGGAACCCCUGCUGAAUCUACAGAAUGCUGCACAACAGAGAACCGGUUUCACCCAACAAUUAGCUCCGAUACCCGAGCCCUCAGGUCAACAGCACCAAACGUUGAUCAUUGAAGAGUUCGAACCGGAUGUCUUCCGCCAACUCAUUGAGUACAUCCACACGGGCUGUGUGACCCUACAACCUCGCACCCUUUUGGGUGUCAUGAAUGCUGCUGAUUACUAUGGCCUGGAGGAAUUGCGACGUGCCUGUGCUGGCUUUGUGCAGUGUUGCAUCAAUGUGGACACUGUGUGCGCUCUACUUGCCUCCGCAGAGAGAUACAUUCAGUACAAGUGCACCAAAACCUUGGUGCAGAAGGUGCUCGAGUUUGUAGACGAACAUGGCAAUGAGGUGCUGAAUCUGGGCAGUUUCACGCUCUUGCCGCAGCAUGUCGUGCGCCUGAUACUGGCGAGGGAGGAGCUGAGAGCCGAUGAGUUCACCAAGUUUCAAGCGGCUCUUAUGUGGAGUAAAAAGUACUAUGAUAACAAUCCAAACAUUGACAUUAAAGAAAUAUUGGGCACUUUUCUGGAGUACAUUCAAUUCCACAAGAUACCCGCCAAUGUGCUAAUGCGAGAGAUUCAUCCAUUGAAUCUCGUGCCUUACGCCAUCAUCAUGAAUGCGCUGGCCUACCAGGCAGACCCAGAAAGCAUCGACCCCGGAAAGCUGUCUCCCAACUCUAGCCGACAGAACCGCCAUCGCCACCACCACCAAUCCCUCCCCAAGAUACGCAAGGCCAAGUCACAAUCCUUCCGUACUCGCCGCAGUCCCUCCGAGCGACGCAGUCCCAAUGCUCCCGCUCUCACCCUCAACACUAGUGCUGCCAAUGGCGAGAAAAAGCGUAGUCCGUUGACACCCAAGAGCCCAGUGCUCCCGCAACCCGAAUCAAAGAGUCCCGGCAGCAGCUCCCAGAAGACGCCCACAUCGCUGUCACGCCAGGGCACGCUACGUGCCUCCAGUCGACGCAAGAACAGCGGCCAGUUGACCAUAUCACUGAGUGCCCAGAACCAAGGUCGUCGCAGUCCAGUGGGACUCAAUGAUCGUAGUCCGCAGGGACGACGUAGCCCACUGUUUCCCAGUAGCGGCCUGAGAUCGCCCAAUGAUCAGCCUAGUCCAACGGCCAGAAGUCCAACGGGUGAUUCACAGCGUCGCAGUCCAACAUUCAGUAUUCAGCUCCAGGAACGCCGCUCGCCGCUGGGUUCAGUGGCGCCAUCGGACUUUAGUUGCCAGGCGGGCACAUCCGGAACAAGACGCAGUCCCACAUCCACGGUGCAUGUGCAGGACAUGGCCACCGAGCCCGAAGAGGCUGGAUUCGUAGGCCUGAAGCGGCCAUCGAUUAAUCUCUUCACGCCCAUCUAUUUCGCCAGUGAGAAGCGCAGUCCCAUGGGUCCCAUACCACCCAUAACUGUAUCCAAUCCCGCCGAGACGUACAAGAGCGCCGAGCGUGAACGCGAGGCAGCAGAGGCAGCGGCUCGGGAGCGGGAGAAAGAAGCAGCUCAGUCACAGCCGCCGCAAGAGAAGAAGAGUGUGAUGCGGGAGAUUCUGGCGUUUGUGCGAAAGCCUUCCAAGCACAUAUCCACACGUACCAAUCGCUUUGCAAAUGCAUUUACAAGAGCCGAGUCAGGAUCCUCCAGCGGUCCUCUGAUACGUCAGAGCACGUUCUCCGCUAGUCCGGCAGCUUCGUCGACAGCCGCCAAAAGUGCUGUACAAAAACAAAUGUCUGAGGUCGGAUUUGAACCAAAGAUGUCGCUGAAAUUUGCACACUACACGAAGAUGUCGUUAAAGCUACGCCGCUCGGCACGACGGGAGGAGGAGGAGAAACAGCAACAGCAGCAGCAGAGGGCAUCAGCAGUGAACUCAGCGGCAGGCUCUAAACGAGCUAGCGCGGACUCGAAUGCAGGCACACAGGAUCAGGUAGGUGGAUCCGGAGCUGAGGAGGAUCUGCCAUUCGAGCUGGCGAAUGUGCACUUUGAGAAGGUAGGUGAGUCCUAUAUCAAGCAUGAGCGACUUCGCGAAUUGGUCGAACCCGAACCGGAACCGGAUACCCCAGCGGAGACACCAGCAGACAAUGAACCCGAGCCAGCAGAUGCAGCUAUGGCACAGUUCGUCGAGGAAGUCACCAACUCCCUUAAAGUGGUGGCACUCAAUGGAGAGUCAGGUGUGCCGGCCGUGCAUCAUUUCACCCGACGUUCGGAAAGUCGGGAGCCGAUUGAGCCGCGAAUUAGUGAGGAGCGUGAAUCGGACUCCAAUGAUCUGAUAAUACCCGAAGAGCUGCGGGCGGAGCUUGUAGAGAUUUUGAAAGCCUAUGCACCAGAGCCAGUUUAUGUUAAUCUGCAGGCGUUGCGGCGCGAAACGGAGGAGGCGGAGGCGGUGGCACGUGCCGUUGCGGAGGCAGCUGCUGCUGUUGCUGCCGCCGCCGCUGCCACAGCAGUGUUACCGCCACCGCCGGAGAAGCUACCGCUGCAGUGUCCUACUAUUGAGUUUGAGCCGCCCUCACGUCGCUCGUCCUUUGAUCCGCCGCGUUCACCGUUCCUGGAGCAGCUGCGCAGCCCGGGCGUCGAUACCGACACCGAUCUUAUCAAUCUGCAGCGCCUGGACUCGGGUGGCGACAGUUUUGAGAUGGUCGAUGGUGAUCGCAAAUCUAGUCGGGCCGAAUCCAGCUUCGAUUGUCCCUAUUCCUCGCGUGACACCAGCUUCGAUGUAUCGAUCUCACGCUAUCAGUCCACCAGCUAUGAGGAUCAAACCUCUAGUUUUGAGAUCGUCGACACUGAUGAUCGUCGUCGGCACAUUGAUCUUCGCAAGAGCUCUAUUGAGUUGGUCGAUGCGGAGACCUUUCAACGCUCCGGCUCUUCAUGUGGCCGCAAAUCUUCGCUUGAGACGCACUUUGACUACACGCCUUCGGAGACGAGCGGUAUGACACCCGCCCGUUCCCCCAAUUUCCCAAUGACCAAGAAGCAGAAAGCAGAACACUUUCGGCAGCUGCACAUAUCGCCCUUCAGUGCCUUUUCGCGGGCACGCAGCCCGCUCUCCCAGCAGACCUCCUCGAAUUACAGCUCGCGCGAUAGCUACGACUCCAGCUCCUCCUAUCCGCAUGGCCAUGAGCCGCAGCGUAGUCCAUAUGCUGAUCCCAGCAAAAAGCAUUUCCCGCUCACCAUUAAGCAACGCGAGGAGGAGGUCAAAACCUUUUUGUGUACCGAUCUGCGCUGUGCAUCGAUAUUUGAGCCACGGCCCAGCUCGGUGCUUACCCAACAGCUAUCCACGGGCUCUAUGUCAACGCCCUCGGCAUCGGGUUACAGUGCACCCCGCGUUCCUGGCAGCAUGGGGAGUGCUGUUGCCAUGCCCAGUGGCGGCGGCAUUGGAGUUGGCAUCACUGUCAGUGCUGGCCCAGCACAUGCAAAUGCUUCGCUUGGCUCCUGCGGCUUCUCCAGUGGCAGUGAGUUUGAGCCGCCAUCACCGAGACGUGCUGCCAGCGCCUCGCCUAAGCACACCUUUACAUUUCGCAUAGUUAUGAAAAAGGUGGAUAGCUCACCUGAAGCAUUGUGCCCGGAACGGCAUCGAUCGCGCAUUAUCGAUCGUUAUCGUCGUCGGGACAGUCGACGCAAACGCAUCCACGAUGCGGGCAAAAGUUUCUAGGUGUCAGUUGAAGGCAUGGAUGCAGACAGCAGUCCACGCACAGGCAGAGGCCAAAUCAAGCAACAACCGCGACUAUCUUUAGGAAAGCAAUCUAUAAUACUAGUUUAGCGCAGGUAAACAAAUUAAUUGUUCCAACCUCACAUGUAUCUUAUGAUCAUCUAUUUAAAUCCCAAUAAGGAUUGAUGAUAUUUUUUCAAAAAGGAAUACAAUUUUUGACAAUCCAUGUGUUUAUUCAAUCCAAAGUUUUGCUAUGUACAUCUCUAUACAAACUCUAAUGAAAUAAUAUCCCCAGUUUUAUACAAAAACUUCCAGCAAACUAAUUGUAACUUAAGAAAACAUCUGAGGAACUCAAUGCGAAUAUCAAACUUUAUAAAAUGGUUCUGGUUUUAGGCCGUUUCAAAGCUCUAUAUGAUAGGUCACAAUUGUACAUAUACAUAUAUUCUUGAAUUUCUAUAAUAUAGAAUAAGACAGACGAAUUCCACAUUAUAGAUAAUAAAUCAGACAUAACAUAGAUGGGUAUCUCAUACAGUAAACUUGGGUCAUGCUUGCAAGGUACAAACUAAAAUUUACAUGGAAAUAAAUCACAAAAAAUUGUUUUUCAAACAUACGAAAAAAUAAGAUAAAUGCAAAAAGGUACUCGUAAAUGAAAUAUUCUAAAGAUCUACAAAUAUAUGUGAAACAAUAAUUCCUCCCACGAUUUACCUGAUUACUAAUUAAACAAUAGAGCGUAAACGAUGUACUUAUAUACUUAUACAUGAAUAUACACAGAUGUAUGUAACAUAUGUAUGUAUAAGCCUACAUUAAUGUUAUUAUUAUAUUAUAACUAAAUGUUGUAAUAUUUUUUUGCAAUAAAAAACAAAUAUUACGAGUGUGUACGCAUUUUACGUGGUUCCUGUUAUAUACAUAUUUACAUAUAUUACGUAUUACAAAUUUUUGAUGGACUAGCGUAAUAUGUUACAUACCUAAUAACAACAUUACUUGAACGAAACGCAUAAUUUAUAUUGUUCAAAGACACAAAUCAUACGCAUAAAAAUGAUCAAUUCUAAAUGUAAAAUGAUGAUAUUGCUAGGGACUCCGUUUUGCUUACUUUUAAGACUCGAUAACUAGUAUAAUUCGGACAAAAUUAUUCUUAGUCAUAACUUAUACUUAUAUUUGUAUAUCGCAUUAUACUCGUAUGUAUUUAUGUAAAUAUGAAUAUGAUGUGUAUGUACAUAUAAAGCUGGAUUUGGGGCCGUACUUAAAUCUUAAAUUAAAACUUUUGUGCCGAAAAUUAUUAAGAAGAUAAACUGUACUUAAAAACCAAAAAAAAACAUAUAUUCAUAAAAAAAAAAACAAACAAAUUAAACUAAUAACUAAUGUUUAAUGUUGUUCGAACAGUUUUUUGGACUCUGUGUUUGUUUGUUAAAUGAAAAUCUUAAUUUUAAGCAAUCUAUGUGGUGUCUAUAGAUCAUUAGUUCUUAACUAUUGUCAUCUGUCAUAAUGAUUUAUGAAAGCAUUAAGAGAACUUACAAAGAAAAAAGAAAGAAAAUCUAAAAAUAUCAACAUUUUACAGGUAUUUACGCAUAUUAAGCAUUUAAUUAUAUAUAGUUAUUACCAUUACAUUGAUAUAGAUAUAUGUAUGUACGUAUUUACACGAUAUUUCACAAUAUUGACAACUCCAGACACAACCCAAACAAAAAAAAGAAAGAAACAUAAACAACAACAGCCAUAACAGAACAAGAGCCACAGAUGUAUGUAUGAUGAACUACCUAUAUACGGUUGCAUCGAUUGUGAACGGAUCUUAGAAUAAUUUUUGUAUAACUAACAUGAAUGCAAGUAGUUGAGACGUUGCUAUUUUGAUUUGUAGUUGCUUGUUUUUCACAACUAAAAAAAACUAAUCAAAAACAAUAAUUUGAAUUCAAACCGCUUGACAAUUAGUAGUAAUCAAGAGCGAUCGAUAUCGGAUUUUGAUUUGCCUGUGAAUGCUUGAAAGGAUUAGCCAAAAGCUGAAGGUAGCUCGAAACACUCAACUACAAUUUCACAAAUGCGACUUUCUUCUAUUUCCAGACAUGUUUUCUAGCGGACUCGUUGAAGACGCUUUUUUUGAUCUACCCUCUCUAAUCACAAGAUCUAUCAAUCGGAUGUGGGAUAUAACUUUCGUACACAUGUGGCCAACGGCAUUUUAAUCAAACAAAUAGUAAUCAAAUUGACAUUUGUAUAUCGAUUUAUAAAGGCACAUACACAUAUUCAAUAUAUAUAUAUAUAUAUAUUGGUUUGGCAUAGAGACUAUUUGUUAGAAAAACCAAAUCCACACUUCCAGUUUGCAGUUA